AAAUUCAAUCUGUGUAGCACACAAGUGUUUGAAACAUGUGGAAAUUUUACUGUCAAUAGUCAGAUAAUUUUCGUAGCGCGCCGUAAAAAUGCCCGAAAAUCCAUCAGCAAAGUCGGCUCCUAGGCCCCUGACCAGCAUAAAGGGGACCAGGCCUUCCACAUCCUCAUCCAAUCCCACCUCCAGCAGGAACAGACCCACAGGAACUGGAGUGGCUCGACCACCUUUGCCGAAUGCACACGAUAGGAUUUGGAAGAUCAUGAAGAUGUAACAAUAUCUUCAAACAUUCGGUCCCCAAAUUGGAUCAACGUUUUAAAUCCUGAUAUUCUUUUUUAUAAAAUGUACGGGAUUCUUUGACGAAAAAAGCGCUGAAUAAAGCGAAUAAAUCCCAAAAGGGAAAUAACUCUUAUAAUUUCCUGAUAAGCUGACUGGAAAUUGAAAUAAGCGCAGGCGCUGGUCCUCGUAGAAAAGAGAGUAAUGUUUGAGCUUGUUGGGAAAUUUUCUCUUUCGUGGGUACUUUUUAUCUCAGUUUGCCUGAAGAUGGGUUUGAGGUAAAAUAAAUAUUUAAGUCAAUAA